GUAAUGACGUGGCACAUGUGACGCGCCUACUCAGUAACGAGCUUCCUCUUCACAAAAACCUGGGCCGCCAUUUUGAUUUAGAAGGAAAGAGCAACGAACAGUCAUAUCAUGGGUAGCGUAUUUUCAAAUCUAUUUAAAGGCCUCUUUGGCAAAAAGGAGAUGAGAAUUCUCAUGGUUGGAUUAGACGCUGCUGGUAAAACUACAAUUCUUUACAAACUUAAGCUUGGAGAAAUUGUUACUACGAUUCCUACGAUAGGUUUUAACGUAGAAACUGUAGAAUAUAAGAACAUAAGUUUCACUGUGUGGGACGUCGGCGGUCAGGAUAAAAUUCGACCAUUAUGGAGGCACUAUUUCCAGAACACUCAAGGUCUUAUCUUUGUGGUGGAUAGUAAUGAUCGUGAACGUAUCGGUGAAGCGAAAGAAGAAUUGAAUAGAAUGUUAGCAGAGGAUGAGCUCAGAGAUGCAGUCUUACUCGUCUUCGCCAACAAGCAGGAUUUACCAAAUGCAAUGAAUGCAGCUGAAGUUACUGACAAACUUGGACUUCACAAUUCAAGAAAUACAAAAUGGUACAUUCAAGCCACAUGUGCUACAAGUGGUGAUGGUCUGUACGAAGGACUGGACUGGCUUUCAACCACACUAAAGAGCAAAAAAUAAGCAUGUAGCCUUGAACAAUUAUUCCCAUUCGGACAAUCAUAUUUUUGGUUUGUUAUAAGAAAAGGUGUUUAAAAAAACAAUUGAAAUGUAAUCUUGAAUAUAUAGUUCCUACAUGAAAUAUGCCCUCAUAUUUUGGUGUACAUUUUCCGAGAAAAAAUCAAGUAUUGCAUUUUAUUGACAUUAGCAUCAAGCCUUCUUUGCAAAAAGUCUCAGGUAGUUUAGUAGGGCUCCAAGCAUUCAUAUGUGAAUUAAUGACAAUGACAGUAAUAUACAGUAUGCAGUAGAAAAUAAUUUUAUUGUAAACAGAAUGUUUUCGUAGUAGCUUAUUGUUAGCGUUUCAUAAUGUCACGCCAAUUCCCUGUUGACAAACAGUUAUAGAUUGUAGGGUGCACAUAUAUUCAUGAAAAAGUAUUCACUAUUAAAAAUGUGUUUUGUUAAUAUCAAUGAAAUUUAUAGUACAAUUAGUCUAGUAGGUCAGCUCGAGUAUAAAGGCUUUGCACCAUCAUGUGAUGGCACCCAUGACAGGAGGCAGGAAAAAUUGAAUCUGGUCUAAUUUGGUCUAAUGAGGGGGAAAAGACUCCUGUCAUGGCUGUGCAAAGCCUCUAUUGGCUAGGGCACAACAAACAUAUAGCAUACUAUUGUCUGUUUUGCCUUGUUUAACAUUUCAAGAUGCAUUUCACAUCCUUUGAUAAAAAUGAUUUUUCAUUUGUUUCAUGGAUAUAAUGUGUUGACUCGAGUCUAGAACUGGUUAUAGCUUUUAAAUGUACUACUGAAAAUGAUUUGUAUAAAUGGAAAUUUGAAGCAUAAUGGUAAGCAAAUUGAAAGUAAUUUAGAAUUUAAUUGUUUUGCAUGCCCAGUGUAUAGCUUUCUGCUCAAACCACUCUACACUUUUUCAUUGUAUUUGUUAAAUAAACCAGAAUUUGAAUAAAAACACUGUAGCCUUU